AAACCACUUGAAAUCCCAAUUUCUUUAAGCUCUCCGCCAUUUCCUUUCCAAAGCUCACUCGCUCUUUCGUCGCAGUCCGCCAUGGCUGCCUCUCUUCAGAGCUUCGCCACCCUCCGAAACCCUAACCCUAGCGCCAAUCUCUAUCGCAGCAGGGUGCCGCAGGCUUUCUGCCGCCUUUCUUUCUCUUCCUUCUUGCAGCUCGAAGCCGUUCCUCCUUGUGGCUUGGGUCUGGCUCAAUCCUCCCUCUCGAAGAGAAGCCCCGGGUUUCGCCUCAUCGCGGUGGAACGAUGGGCCUCGAGGCCCGUCCCCUUCGCGGCUUCGAAUGAGGAAUCGAAACAGUUAGAUAUUGAAGUGGAGAAGGACACGGAUAAUAUUGAAAAAAAGACAGACAACUCACAGGAAGCAUUGAAGCAGGCACUAGAACAUGUUAAAGCAGAAGCAAUGAAAGCGAAAGCCAUGUCCCAAGAAGCAUAUGAAGUGUACUCAAAGAAAGCGAUGGAGAUAUUGCUAGAGGCAUCUGAGAAGCUGAAGAUUCAGGCAGGGAAAGCACAGAAUGAUUUGAGUAUAAUAGCAAAAGAACUCAGUGAAGAAGGAAAAGAAUAUCUUAAUACAAUGGCAAAGAAUUAUCCUGAUUCAGUUAAGGAUAUUCUGGAAACUUUCACAUCAUAUAGUGAAUUGAAGAGCAUAUCUGAGGUCCGAGAUUACCACAUUGGCAUUCCUUAUGGAACAUCUCUUGCGAUUGGAGGCUUUCUUUUUUUCAUGUUGACUGAAAGCAUUCCUGCUAUUCGGUUUGGUAUCAUUCCUGGUGCUGCACUUUUGGCUCUAAGCAUAUUAAGUUUGAGAUCUUGGAAACGCGGACAACCAUCACCACUAAAUUUGAAAGGGCAAGCUGCAAUUGCAUCGAUUAUCAGCAUAAGGGUAUUUCGGUGGUUCUGUCAGAUGCGAUCUUUUUCAACUCUUUUAAUGGUCAUCAUUAGUGGAGGAGUGUUAGCUUUCUAUGUUUACUUGAUCUCAAGGGACAGUCACAAUAAAGGUCCAGCUGUGGAACAGACCUCAGAUAAUUAAUGGUCUGGGUAGAGGAAUAAAUGAACUUUCAGAGUUCAACAGCAGAGUGAGUAUUUUUGUCACCAUCCUUUGUCCUUCUCGCUCUUCACGAUGGCACUAACCUGUUUGAUGCUUUAACUGGUCAGCAGAAGUUGGAUUUUGGUGGUAUGUAGAAUGUGCUGUGAGAGGAUUUCUUUGAGUUGAGAGAGGUUUUUUUCUCCUUUUCUUCCUGGCAUGUAAUGUAAUUCUAGUAGUUCUAGAGAUUCCACUAGAAAUGGAUGAUCUAGGAGAAAAACAGCCCAGAUAGUGCUUAUUGUGUCUAAAUUCUAAUUUAUUAUUGUAUGGCCAAUCAUGUGUCCAUAUUCUCAA